GUUCGAAUAGCCUCUCUUCUUCUUCCAUUUCCGCAGCUCCAAGGGGGUGAAAGAGAGAGAAACUUCAAAUCUUCAUAUCUUCUUCAUUUUAGCUUGAAAUUGAUAAAUGAAUGCACACUCGCUCUAAAGGAGUGGAAGGUCUACUUGAACUUAAUCCUGAACCUGAACGAACUUUGUGGAAAAAUCUUUUAAUCCACAAGAAACCAAUCAUGACGGAUCAAAAGACGGUGCUGCAAAACCUCAUGCCAAGCUUCAUCGAGGAUGAUAGCAUAAGCGCACCAACAAUCGAGGCAGCCAACUUCGAGAUUAAACCCGCCAUUAUCAACAUGAUGUCUAAUCAUCAAUUUGGCGUGUCCAAGCAAGAUGAUCCUAGGGCCCAUAUGUUGUGGUUCAACCGAGCAUGCCAAACAUCCUGCUUCAACGGAGUGACUCCUAACGCCGUGAAGUUGACCUUAUUUCCUUUCUCACUACGAGAUAGGGCCUCUUUAUGGUUGGACAGCUUUCCAACGGGUCAUUUCACAACAUGGGCAGCACUACACCAGGCGUUCAUGCAAGAGUACUUUCCUCCAUCGGCGGUUGCUAAAAUUAAAACAGCAAUCCAAAAUUUUAGGCAAUUCCCGACGGAAUCAUUAAAUGAAGCAUGGGAGCGCUUCAAGGAUAUGAGAAACAAGUGUCCACUCACACUGAUGGACCCUAAGAGCUUGAUGUUCCAUUUCUAUAAUGGGCUUCAAGUUGGAAGCAAAAAAGAACUUGACUUCUCUUCUCAGGUGGGAUCAUUCCUUGAUAAGGCGCCCGACGCUAAUGAAGCUCUGGUGGAGAAGGUCACUUCCAACGCAAGAUACUGGUACGAUGAAAGAACUCUGGCGGCCACAAAACCAGGCUAUCUUGAAGUUGACCAACUCACGGCCUUAACCGCAAAGAUUGAAGGGUUGGUGGUGGAAGUGAAAAAUCUUAAAAGCGAUAACAAUCACAUCAACCAGGUCAACCACAUUGGCGCUGCCCCGAAUCAGCAACCAUCCUGAUACUUCGGGAACUCGAA